UACCAAGCCCCUGGUUGUCCAUACAAAACAACUCAUGGGAGAAUGUGUGGGUUGAAGUAAGAUUUUCGGUAGCCUGAUAGGAAUACAGUUUAUGACGGGUUGAGCUGUUAAAUGUCUGCACUUGAAUGAGCUUUCAUUCUAUUCACAUAAUCAAAACGCCACUGAUUCGUAUAGUACAAACUCAAACUCCAAGAAAGGCGUUUAUAAGAUAGAAGGUGCUUAUUUCAUAUGUCAUAGGGGCGUUUAUUUGAUCAUUUCAUGUAGCAUCUGCUGUGCAGGACACGUGUGACAGUCGGCUCAUUAACACAAUAUGGCGUGCAAAGCACCAUGUGAGCAAAUUACCGAAAGUUUGACAUAAAGAUUUGUUUUUAUUAAGUAAUAUAAGGCUACAUACGUUAGGUUCAGAGGAUAGUUAUAAAUAUUGAUAUAGAGUCAAAUUUAAUUAUGAAGAUUAAAAAAAGGACAGCAAGCGAAGGACCUAAAAGUACCAAAAUAAAAAAUAGAGGUAAAAAGUUUGCUGUUCAUAUGAAGAACAAGAAAAAGAAAACAUUGAAUACGAAAAGGGCUAUAUCAUUUGGAGAAAAAGAAGUAAAAACUAAAGGAAAGGAUGGUAAACGUACGGACAAUACUUCUUUUAAGAAUGAUUUAAUGAAGAAAAAUAAACAAACACAGAAGUUGAACAUAGAUUCUGGUGAUGCUGGUGACAGUUUGUCAAAGCGUAAACGAGAAGACUACAGCAGUAGCAGUUCCCAAAAUAAAAAACUUCGAGGAAUUAAAAAUGAUGAGGUGCAAACCAGACUUGAUCAAAAGCAAUUAAAAUUGGCUCGCAGGAAAAGGAAACAAAAUUAUGAACUUACCAAUAUAUUGAUUAAAAAAUACGACGCCUUAAGAAGAAAAGAUAUUUCAUCUGACAAAAAACGUAUAAUGAUUGAUGAAGUUCUUGAUAUAAUAGCUGGACAUUGUCAUGAGGUUGUUUUCAAACAUGACACUGUACGAGUUCUACAAAUGUGCAUCAAAUAUGGUUCUGUCGAGCAACGAUGCAAAUUUUUUGAUCAAUUUAAAGAUAAUGUUUCUGAACUGGCUUUAAAGAAGUACUCAAAAUUCUUUAUUAGAAAAAUGAUGAAAUAUGGAACAAAGGAGCAAAGAAUCUACAUUAUAUGCUCUUUCAAUCGGAAGGUUAAGAAAUACAUUCGACAUCAGGAAGCCGGCGAAAUAGUUGAAACUAUAUAUAAUGAAUAUGCCAACUCAAGUCAGAGGAAAUAUCUACUUCAAGAAUUCUAUGGCGCUGAAUAUUCCAUUGGAAAGAUUAGUGAUGCUCGGUCACUUGAAGAAAUUAUUCAAAGCGAUCCACACAAGAAACCUCAUAUUCUACGGAAUCUGAAAGAAACAAUGGUUUCUUUAAUAGAAAAGUCACUUGUGUCUCAUACAAUUGUGCACAGGGCGAUGUUAGAAUUUUUUACUUAUGCAGAUGAAAAGAUGAGAACGGAAGUGAUCGAAUGUUUGCAUGAGCAGUUGGUCCUUAUACUUCACACGAGUGAAGGAGCAAAGAUAACGAUGUCCUGUUUAUGGCAUGGAACUCCUAAAGAUCGAAAAGUAAUCGUAAAAAGUUUCAAAGGCUAUGUUGCAAAGAUAUGCAAAGAGGAAUACGGUCACGUGACAAUGCUUGCAAUCUUUGAUUGCGUCGAUGACACAGUUCUUGUUCAAAAAGUUAUCAUCUCGGAAAUGCUAUCUUGUUUGAAAGAACUUGCCGAGAAUCAUCAUGGUAGAAAGGUUUUACUCUAUCUUCUUGCUCCUCGGUCACCAGCAUAUUUUUCACCAAAUAUUAUUAAAACGUUAUCCCAGGGUGAUGGCAACAAGCAUAGUCAAAAGGAGAGCUCUGUGCGAAGAAGAGAACUAUUGUCAGCUAUUUCGCCAUCUUUAAUCCAGUUUGCUGCUCAUAAUGUGAAGCGAUUACUUUUUGAUAAAGCUUUGAGCCAAUUUUUUGUGGCAAUUAUUCAUAAUGCUGGAGAUGAAGUGGAAACUGCAAUGAAGAGUGCUGUAAAAUUGGCAAGUAAAGAACUCGAUGUCGACAAUGAUAGUGAAGAGGAUCACGUUUUUAAGAGUGCCAGUGGUCAUUUUGCGAUUAAACAGCUCAUCCAAUUAGAUAAGAAACGCAUUGAGAAUGAUUCAAAAGUGUUGUUUUCGCCGUUGUUGAUGACAAGAACAGACCCUGAAAUGUUGUUUAACAUGUGUCUUUUUAACAGGGGAGCUUUUCUUGUUGUAAGCCUUCUCGAGUGUUCAGUUCCAGAGGUGCAAAAAGAAGUGAAACAGUCAUUGAUGCCUUAUGUUCAGAAAUUAAAAACAGUUGAAAAUACUGGUGUAAAAAUCGUGAUGAAGUUGCUGAAAAAGUAAACACUAAUACCAACGAUUUUUAACACAAAGUCAGUUAAUGACACCAAUUUUGUUCAAACGUCUGUAAGCAUAGUUCAGAAAUUUCUAAAAAUAUAUAAAUACAUCGCUUGA